AUGCCUAUUCCAGUGCUGUCUCAGUCCCCCUCAAAAGUAGGAAGGCCGCCCAAGGGUCCUAGAAUCCCAUCUCAACAAGAAGCUCCAGCGAUAUCUCAAUCUGUAAGGACUGCCCAAGGCCAUGUUGGGAAAAUUCCACUUGGCCCUGAUGGCAAGGGACAACAACGAGACGGCAAUCCUAUACCGGAUCCUGUUGUGUCUAGAAGUGAGAAUUCAAUGAGUGGAGCUUCAUUGAGCCAUAGCCGCUCAAAAUCAGCGGCGGAAACCCUGUCCACCUUUAGAGGUAUUUCUCAAACUGCAGGAAAUAUUCCUUCAAUGUCUAGACCGAGAUCUAUCCAACAAGCCAGAAACGCGGCAGGCAAGGACCAGGUACUCCAGGCAAAGCCCACAAGAAGUCAUACCACCGCGACAUCGGUGUCACGCAAUAACAUCGGGGUCAAGAACCUACCAUCAGCCCCGACAUCGAACUCAUCAAGUGACAUUGGCUCGACGACGAGUACAAGAAUCCCGCCAACCUCUAUUCCCACAUCACAUACUCGAACGCGAUCAUAUGCCUCAAGCCGACCGAGGGUAGACGACAGUGGUCGUGCGGGUGCCCCAACCCGUCAGACAGCAUCUGUAAAGUCCGAAGCAAAGCCCGCGGCGUCUGCACCAGUACAUGCUUCUUCUCACUCAAAAGCAGCUCCAGACAUGGGGUCUGCAAUUCGAAGGCCGGCCUUCAACACCUACAACCAACACUUCAGUCCCAAGAAGAUUGUUACCCGCGAGACGAAAACAACAGCAACAGUAAAGCCCGAACAGGGAUCGCACCACCCUCCGCAUCUGCCUCCACCGUCCUCUGCUCAUGGUGCAAGCAUCUCGGCAACCCCGACUGAUAACGUGGGAAGCAAUCUUCGUAUCCAUGAUGAGCUCAUUCAAUUAGGUCUGAUUUAUAACAAAGCUGCAUCAAACAUGCGUGCAUACAGAAGCAGCGUCCACCACAGUAUUUCGUCAGCACGUCGGGAUGUGGAUACCCAACUUGCCUCCUUGAGUGUUCUCGAACGAGCUCAACAGCACAGGUUCAACGCCUUUACGCUUGGAGAGUGGCUUCGCGAGAGCAAGGAUAUCAUGCAGGUGGGCGAGGGAAAUGCCGCUUUGUCACCAGAUUCAUCCCAUGCCAAAGACCAAAAUGAAGGCGGAGGCUGGGAGGUCGAUCAGAGCAGCGACAAGAGCGAUAGCCGAUUGCUUAUUUUAGCCCAGUUCACGCAUCGAAUGGCCGAAAUUGUGCGCGAGCAUGGAGAACUCGACGCCCUGAUGACAGAGUUCGACCAGUGGUGUCAAUCGGCCUUGACUAAUUUCCAAGAAGGCACUGAUUUUGCCAAUGCCAAUGCUAAUGCAGACAUGAACCGUGUUGGAGCCUAUGACCUAAUCCCUUUGAAUCCCCGGUGGGCAUCUUCCGCAUCUUCGAUCGAGGCCACGGUAAAAGCGUGCAGAGACAGCAUAUGUAAUCUGCCGACGACGGGGGCUGCCAAGGAUGACCAAUCUUGCAUUGUUGCAUUAAUCAAAACGCUAUCGCAACUUUCGGACCGCGUUCUUGAAGAAAUCGCGAUGUGCAAAGUUGUGGAGGGUCUGAUUUCGCAGUAUCAGCAGGAUCGGGUCGACAAGGCCCUUGCAGACGCUCUCGCAGAAGCCGCCCAGAUCGAGCUGUCGCGUAAUGGGUGUGUCAGCAGCCACCAGCACCACCUGCCUAGAAAGGGCGUAUGGGAGAAUGUGCGAGAGUAG